AUGGCGGAUCCAUCAUCGAUAAGCAGAGAACAAAACCACGCAGAUACACCGUCCCGCGAAGCGCGGCCGCCACAGCGAUCACAGGCGCCACGCCCACCAAGAGAACGAACUCCAGUCGUUGAGCGUGUACCUCAAAGACGCAGGGAGCCCCAAGCCCCAGCUCAGGUAGUGGAUGUUCACAACGGACCUCGUGUCAGCCGCGACACAGAGCAAGAGCAUGGGAGGAGAAAAGGCGAGCGACAGGUCCGCUUUGCAAACGCGCUCGACUAUGAGGAGGACGUCCGCAAAGGCCAUCAGUACCCCCGCACCCCAAUGCAGCCGCGUCGAGAUCAUUCCUUGCCAGGCAGGUAUCGGAACGUUGCCAGAAGUACAAGCCCUCAGGGUGGUGUUUCAACAGGGCGCCCGUACAUCGAGACCCGCACUCCACGAUACGAAAGAUCAAGAGACGCUGCUCCGAGGCCAUCUGUCUCCCUUGAAACAAAUCGGCCGCGACCAAGGAUUAUCCAAGACGGCAACCGCCAUGUGGAAGAAGCAGGUCAGCGUAUCCUCGCGGAGGCCCGAAGACGACAAGCGCGAGAACUAUUUACGCGCGAUCUCAAAUCAUACACUGCAUGGCGACCGUGGAAUCGUCGGUCUGAACGCUUGCGUGAAUCUGAGAUCGGCGACGACAUGGGUCUUGGAGUUGUACUGCAGACGAAUGUUUGA